CAUUCUGCCAUUAGCACUUGCACUACUCCAAAAGCCAUACAAUUAUCCCCAAGGAAGAACAAGAUGGCGAGGCACGCCGGCAAUGUGUAUGCUGCUGUGUGCGGUGGGGCCGUGGCAGUUCUAGCUUUCUUCUUCUUCGCAGUUAUCGGCGGCGGCGAUGCGCAAUCUUCGGCCGCCCUCGUCCCAGCCAUAAUAACAUUUGGCGACUCCACGGUUGAUGUGGGGAACAAUGACUACAUCCACACCAUAUUCAAAGCAAAUUACCCACCUUAUGGAAGGGACUUUGUGAACCAUCAGGCGACCGGGAGGUUCUGCAAUGGAAAACUGGCGACCGAUAUCACUGCAAAUACUCUGGGAUUUACCAGCUAUCCACCAGCAUAUCUCAGCCCACAAGCGUCUGGAAACAACCUUCUGAUGGGAGUCAACUUUGCUUCUGCUGCAUCUGGGUAUUAUGAUGGAACAGCAUACUUAAAUCAUGCCAUUCCUCUAUCCCAGCAGUUGAAAUAUUACAAGGAAUAUCAGUCCAAGCUUGCAAAGGUGGCCGGGAGCAAGCAGGCAUCAUCCAUCCUCUCUGGAGCUCUCUACAUUCUGAGCGCGGGAGCCAGCGACUUCAUACAGAACUACUACAUCAACCCUGACCUUAACAAGUUGCAGACCCCUGACCAAUUCUCUUCGUUCCUUAUUACCAUCUUCACUAGCUUCGUUAAGGAUCUGUAUGGCUUAGGGGCUCGAACGAUUGGAGUGACUUCACUGCCACCAUUAGGAUGCCUUCCUCUAACAAUCACACUCUUUGGAUUUCAUAGCAACAAAUGCGUCUCUAGGAUUAAUGCUGAUGCCCAGAACUUCAACAGGAAGCUCAAUGCUGCAACGAACUCAUUAGCUAAGCAGCUCCCCCAGCUUAAGAUUGGGAUCUUCGAUGUCUACACGCCUCUUAAUGAUCUUGUCACCAAUCCUUCUAAAAAUGGCUUCUUUGAGGUGAGGAGAGGUUGCUGUGGGACUGGCCUUGUCGAGACAACGACGCUGCUGUGCAACCCCAAGUCGAUUGGGACGUGCCCAAAUGCUACCGGGUAUGUGUUCUGGGACAGUGUCCACCCAUCAGAAUCAGCGAACCAAGUAAUUGCCGACUCCCUAAUCGACCAAGGCAUCAACCUUAUUUCAUGAACAAGGACUGGAGAAAAAAAUUAAGGAGUCCAAAUUGCAAACUAAUUAGGCUUGAUCCUGUAACUAGCAAGCCACUGUAUGUUAUUGCUAUGUGUCACCUAAAGACAUAACCGUGUGAAGAUAGAAUGCAUCAGUCAUCCAAACCCGAGACUGGUUUGGCUGUUGUGGGUGGUAUCCACCUUAAUUUGUUGCAUGAACAAAUUAAAGACCGGAGGAAUAAGGUUGCAAGGAGCCACUGUUAUUGUAUCAUCACUUAAUGAUAAGAAAAUAAGUUGUGUUGGUGUAG